AUGACAAAUAAUGAAGGCUCAAUCUCGCCGAGUCAUUCAUUACCCAACUUUCUAAUGUUGGAUGCUGUGGAAGAGGAUUUCACAAAUCUUCCACUCGAUUCGCUGCUCCUGCAUAAGAACUGGAAGGGUCGUAAGGCGGGAUUCGAACAAGUUCGGGACCAACCUAAAGAGUUGAGGAUACACUUAUUAAAUAAACCCAAGAAAAUAUAUGCGGAACAAAAUAUCGCAGCUCAAGAGGCUUUGUUCGAGGCGUUAGCGGCUCUUGUCCCAUUCUGUGACAAUGAUGAAUUGGAUGUUCUUGCUGGUGAGCCACUCCGUGUCGUAGUGGAGAAGGGUUUGACGGGCCGUAGUAAGGCGGCACAGGCUAGUUUCGCUUUCGCUCUUGAUCUUGUCGGUGCUGGUAAGCAGACUCAUGUGUUUAACGUUCUUCUCCCGGCGGUAGCACACAAAACACCGAAGAAUCGUAUUGCCGCGACUCAGCUCUGCGGACAUAUUGUUGAUUUGUUCGGAGUUCACGGGCUCCCCGCAAAAGCUUUGUUGAAAGCAAUGCAGCCCCUCUUCAACGACCCUAACCCUCAAGUCCGUAAAGAAGCCGCCAACUUGUGCUGCCACUGCUACAGCUACAUCGGCGCAGGCGUUAAGAGCUGUCUUACUGACCUUCGCGAGGUUCAACUACAGGAACUAGAGAAACAGUUUGAGAAUAUAGUGCUGGGAAGAGUCCCACGAAGGAACAUUAAAGGUAUUGAGACAUCCACACCAAUAAAAUCUGUUGCCCCCAUAGUGGGUAUCGCUAGUCGUACCGAUCGGUCUAAUGAUUUGGAUGAUGAUGCAUAUGCAGCAUGCAGUGAGGAACCGGUGGUUUCGAAAAUACCUCGCACCUUCUACCUUACCGCAUUAGAUAGAUCGGCGAGGUGGCAAGAUCGUGUAGCUGCUGUGCAAGAAACAGUCCUUCCACUGAUUAGUGUUCCAAAAAUACGACAAAAAGACGACUACCAUGAAUUGUGUACAAUGAUACGAGAAUAUUUAGUAGACCCGCAGGCACCGCUGAUGUUGGUAGGUUUCAAAUGCAUUCAGGAAAUGGCUCGAUCCCUUAGGAAUGCCUUUGCGCCGUAUGCGCGUACGUAUCUGAAUCCUCUUUUUGAGAAAAUGAAAGACAAAAAAACUAGUGUCGUUGAGCACGUUACGACAACACUUGAAUCGCUCAUUCGAUACCAUUGUAUUACAUUAGACCAAUGCCAUGAUGAAAUUGACGUCACUCUACAGAGUCGUGUACCUAAUCAGCGGUUAGCCUUAAUUCAGUGGCUCUCUCGCUUGACCGACAAACUAGAACCCACUUGCUUCAAUCGAAUCUGUCGCGCGCAACCCAUGUUAAGCCGUGUUCUGAACGAUGAAAAGAUUGAGAAUCGGGAGGCGGCCUACAUUUUUGUGGCAAAGUUAAUGGCUCUCAAUGGUGAGGAGCACUUCCAGGCGCUACUCGUUUCACUAGACGAAAAGCAACGGGCAAAACUUGUGGCAAUUAUUAACAGUGCAGCGAAUAUGCAAUGUACCCCCUCUAGUUCGCCGGCGAGAAAGGCGCCACGGCUGGAGCAGCGGUGCGAAUCCAUCGGCCAAAGACCUCACAGUUCCUCUGUGGCAUCCUCUUGCUCGAGGUCAUCGGUGUGUGGCGCGCGCGGUGGGCGUUUGGGUCGAGCGCUUAGUCACAACAAGUCCCUUCCCGAACAGCCUCGUGUCUCCGGUAUGGAGGACGCGGUAACGUUAGAGUCGAUGCUUCCUUCAAAGGAUGAGGCAUUUAAUCUCAUUUUAGGUCUAUUGGGCGGUGAUAUGACAGUUUCGGUGCUUCUUACAGCCAAGGAGUGGUCGAGUCGGCACUGUGGUGUUCUAAAGGUGAAAAAUAUGGUAGUUGGCUGGUCGGAAAAGGAAUCCACAGAUUAUCUCGACCAUGUAGUUGUCUAUCUUCGUGUAGACCCUGGGUGGAGAGAAUCCAUCUUCCAGGUAUUUAAUGCCAUGGCUAGUGUAUUGCAGGAAGUCGUUAACAAGGCGUCGAAGGUAAGCCCUGGAGCUGGUCAUGCCAUAAUAUCAGGGUGCUUAGGUAGACUAACAGAUCAAAAGAGCAAGUCAGUUGUAUGCGAUCUAAUUACAUCCCUCACAAAAAGUUUAGGCGCGGCAUUUGUUUUGCGGCACGUGGUUGGGACGCUCGUGCAGAUAAAAACGCCAAAGUUAUUGCACGAGUCCAAUGUGUUUAUGACACAGUUGUUGCGUUCCACAACGGUGAGUCCUUCAGACGCGAAAUGCGUUGUUGAUUACGUUAAUAAUCACUGCGCUGAACAUUUGUUUCCUACCGUCAGAACGACCGGUGCAACACUGUUGGCGAUUAUCACUGCCGGUUCAGUAGCUUCAAACGAAGAUACUCUGGAACAAUCAGCGAAUACAUUGGGGCAAAGCGAAAACACUUCUCUUAAUGGUACAGUAGCCAACGCUUCUCGUACUGGCCCACGCCGCGAGGCCUCACAAGCGUCUACGGUGACAUCAUACCAGCCUGUGCGGGAACGUGACGAGAAUGAGAGGUUGAGAACGAAUUCCGUGACCACUAAUGCAACAGAAGUGAAACCAACUUCACACCCGAGGCAUGCUCAUGUAGAGGCAAGUCGGUUGAACUCGUGUGACAAGCACAAAAAAAUGUCCGCAGCCGUUGAUGACGAGGAGAACCAUGAAGCAGUUGACAUCGGGCCGCAGCUUACUCUGCUCGCAAAGCAAAUCACGGGUGCCCCCGACUGGAGAACCCGCUUGGAAGGGGUGAAAAAAGUUGAGGAACUUGUUUUCGCGAGCAACAAACGCAUAUGCCCAAAUGGUGUGACGGAGAUUAUUGGUGCACUUCGUAGUCGAUUUGAUGAGACGAAUAAAAACAUUGUAGUUGAUGCACUGCGCAUCAUAUCAUUGGUAGUUGAGGCAGCGGGGUUUUCAGCUUCGCGGACAGGUGUCAAGGGGCUCGUCCAGAGACUAUUAGGGAUGCUCGGGGACCAAAAGGUCAAUUUGCGCGAGGAAGCCGCACGCUUGGCGGGAAUUGCGCUGGACUGCUUAGGAUUAGAACCAAUUCUUCAACACAUUCAAAAGCCGCUGAUGGCGGAGUCUCACACUUCGAACUUAGUGGCGUUAGGCCUUAUUGAAAAGGGUUUGGAGCAGAACACAGAAGGGAAUGUCUCCCGGCGCGCAGUGAAUUCUCUAGUACCCACUAUAGUUCGGUUAUGCAUGAGUCGUAUCCUCGAAGUGAGGUCUGCAGCGGAGCGUGUCAUUGGUCAUGUGCUCCCUUUUGUGGGUGAGGAAACGGUGCUACGAUCCGUGAAGAACCUUCGACCCGCUGAGCAACAAAGUGUGAUGGCUCUUCUAGGUCGUCAACUGCAGCAUGCGUUACGGAACGGUAGUGACGAAGGGACGCGCGCGCCCUCUGUUUGCUUGAAUAACUCAACGAGUCCUCGCUGCUCCAACUCUUCGCCACGAUCACAGUGCUCAUCAAGAGCUGGAGCAAGGGAGAGUUGUGCGAAUCUUCGAAGCCUUGAAGUAUCCGGUGUCGUUCCCCCUGGAAAAAUUCCACACAUGAACCUUCCAAUUAUUCAAGCGCAAUCGGCUUCUGAGGCAUCUCUAACUAGCGUCACUGCUGCUAGCGCACGUAAUGCACAAGGAUUUUCUCGUAACGAGGAGCUUCUUUCGAUCCAAGAGAUGAUGGUAGGUUUGCGGUCUGCUUCUGCCACAGCAGCCAUGGCAGCAUGCAGUGAAUUUCUGCAACGUCUUCCAAACGGCGAAGAUUGUGGAACACCCGAAAUGAUUCACGUUAUGGUAGAGCGACUACACGACAAUAUCAAGCAACUAAACGUUGAGCUCGCACUCGACAUUAUUCGGUGUUUGAAAGCGACAUUUGAGACAGAGCGCUGUGCGCAACGCUGCCACACCAGUCUCCUGUUUCGUAUGUUAGGUAUGAUUUUCGAAUGUCUGCUGUCGGAAUCUUUCUCACUUCACUCUAACGUCAUCAAAGCUCUGAAUAAUACAACACUGACACUUCUAGAGCGCUGCCCUCCUAACGAUGUGUUCAGUGCAUUAAUGUCUCGCAUGACGAUGUACUCUUCAACGUACAUCGAAAAUGGGACAAAACCGAGCCUAAAGUACGUUCAAGUAACCGUUAAGUGUUUGAUGAGACUCGGUUUUACUUCCAUCUCACCGGAGAAUGUCAUCGUCUGUUGUCACGAAUAUUUGCUACAGCACCCGCCAACUGCCUUUCGUAACUUGGACGACAUUUCCAUACGAACAGUGAAGACAAUUUUGCAAGAUUUCUGCCGACGGUAUGGGUUGUCACUCCUUGAGAUGACUAAUAAGCUCGUCGGAUCACAGAACCUUGUUUCACAUUUCAUCCGAUCAUGUUUGGAUGUGGAAGAACAGAUUGCACAGAGAGAUAACGUCAAAGAUCCCAACCGCAAGGUGGAAUACCUGCAGCAGAGUCGAAAAGUGACGGAAAAGGGGGCGGCUGCCACUCAGAAUGAGCAGGUUAACAACCAAAAAAAAGGUGCACAGCACGUUGACCCGCAAACGUAUUGCACUUCACGUGGCAGCUUAUCUGAAAGUGCUGCACCGGAUGAUGCGUCUGUUGUUGGAAUAUUCAGCCGGAUUCGUAACCACGAAACAACCAAUAGUGGAAUUGAGGAGCUGUAUCAGUUCAUUAAGUGCCAUCCACGCAGUCCAACCUUUGAGAAGCAGUUUCGGCGGUGCUCGGAGGCGUUCCGUUCUUACAUCAAAAGAAAAAUGGAGUCUCAGAUGAUGAAGGAUGAUGACAAGCCGCCGGGGUUCGCACUUCCUGAGAUUCUACGACUCACCGCUUAA